UCUUGCAGUGAAGCUUUCUUGGUGAGGAACCAAAUUCCAACUGAAACAAUUUAUGGUCUGAAUAAUCACUUGCCACUUAUUUCUGAACUUGUUGAGAAUCAAAAUUCCAACUGAAACAUCUUGCUUCAAAUUUCAAUGUGGACAAAACAAACCCCCCUGAUAAAAUCUCCAUAACAAACGGUACAUAGCCCACACUCAGCCUAUUUCAAAAUGCUAACCCUGUAUAGAAUCCCCAAAAUCCGCCACCACACCCCUCUGAAACACCCUUCUCACAACCUAACCACCGCUCCACCACCACCAACGCCCCCACCGCCACCCCAAGACGACGCGGCAAUCGCCCACCUCGUCCUCAGAACUGACCCACAAGCACUUGCCCUAGCCCUCGAAGAAAACCCAGUUCAAUGGUCGCCCGACCUCGUCAACAGAGUCCUCAAACGCCUCUGGAACGACGGUCCCAAAGCCCUCCAAUUCUUCAAUCACGUCGAUCGCCACCGCACCUACACCCACUCCGCCGACGCGUUCGACCACGCCAUCGACAUCGCCGCCCGCAUGCGCGAUUACAAGACCCUCUGGACCCUCGUGGCCCUAAUGAGGACUCGCAGUCUUGGUCCCAGCCCCAAAACCUUCGCAAUUUUGACUGAAAGGUACGUUGCUGCUGGCAAACCUGAUAGAGCUGUUAAGAUAUUCUUGUCAAUGCAUGAACAUGGUUGUCCUCAGAAUUUGCAUUCUUUCAAUACAUUUCUUGAUGUGCUUUGCAAAUCCAAACGGGUUGAAAAGGCUUACUCGCUUUUGAAGGUUUUUAGAGGUAGGUUUAGAGCUGAUACAAUUAGUUAUAAUAUAAUUGCAAAUGGGUUUUGUUUGGUUAAGCAAACGCCCAAGGCCUUGCAGAUUUUGAAGGAGAUGGUGGAGAGAGGUUUGGAUCCGACUCUAACGACGUAUAAUAUAUUGCUUAAAGGGUUCUUUAGGGCUGGUCAAAUUAAAGAAGCUUGGGAGUUCUUCUUGCAGAUGAAGAAGAGAGAAUGUGACAUUGAUGUUGUCACGUAUACUACUGUGGUUCAUGGAUUUGGUGUUGCUGGUGAGGUGAAAAAAGCUUGGAAGGUUUUCGAUGAGAUGAUUGGGGCAGGAGUACUUCCAUCGGUUGCGACAUAUAAUGCUUUGAUUCAGGUUCUUUGCAAGAAAGAUAGUGUGGAAAAUGCUGUUUUGGUUUUUGAGGAGAUGGUAAGGAAGGGGUAUGAGCCCAAUACGACGACGUAUAGUGUGGUCAUUAGAGGAUUAUGUCAUGCAGGAGAAAUGGAUAGGGCAAUGGAAUUUAUGGGUAGAAUGAAGGAUGAUGAGUGUGAGCCAAAUGUUCAGAUAUAUAACUUUGUGAUACGUUAUUACUGUGAAGAUGGAGAAAUUGAGAAGGGUUUGGAAGUGUUUGAGAAGAUGGGUAAUGAACUUUGUCUGCCCAAUUUGGAUACCUAUAAUAUUUUGAUAAGUGCGAUGUUUGUUAGGAAGAAAUCAGAUGAUUUGUUGGUGGCUGGGAAGUUGUUGAUAGAGAUGGUUGAUAGAGGGUUUCUUCCUCGAAAGUUUACUUUUAACCGUGUCUUGAAUGGGCUAUUGCUGACUGGUAAUCAGGACUUUGCUAAAGAGAUUCUGAGAUUGCAGAGCCAAUGUGGCCGUCUUCCUCGUCAGUUCAGAUUGUGAAUCCCACUAAUAUUUUGUUUGUCUCAUAAACUAUGGAUUGGAUUCACAUUCUUUUUGUGAUGGCAAAGUCCUUUACUGUUCAAGAGGGCACAUGCUCUUAGUGGAGCUGUCCUGCUUGAUACUGGUCACAAUAGGCUUUCCUUUGGUGUGGUUGUGACUAUGUCCAAGUGUUAAAGCUGUUAAAAGAGUUUGGAAGAUGGACAAUCUCUUUGCCCAUUGGAUAAGGUAUUCAAGAGGGCACUGACUCGUGUUUUGGAAACUACUGUUAGAAGUGCGCAACAGAAUGGAUUGUAGUUAUGGACUUGCGGCCAAGUCCACACUACCCAAUGCUGGUCCAAUGUAUGUAGCUGCUGGAUGUUUGACUAGGUAAUCUGUUUUUUGCCAUUAUUUGUACAAAGUAGCUACCUUCAGAUCAGACUCAUGUUCUUCAUGAUUGACUGCCCAAACGUCUACUGGACCAAGCAACGACCCUCUAGCUUUGGCAAAGGAAGGUUGAGAAUUAGAGGAUAAUGUUUUGAACAUAUUUGACCCAAGAUGCAGAAUUUCAUACCCACUGAAUGAGAUCCUAUGUGCUUUGGUUCAUGACUAGAUUGGAGCACCAUUGCGGAUUGGAGCCAAGGACAAUAGGACACAGAACAACAGAUUAACAUAUACACUCAGGUACAUAGAAAGGAUUGUAGUAGUCAAGGAACUCAACCUCAUUGAAUUUCAGAGUUCAAGACUCAGGCAGGUGAGUUAAUCCAUGAAACAGAAGCUCAAAGGCUCUCCUUGAAACAUAAAGUUCAAAUUGACAGAGCUGCUGACAAACUCAAGUGUUGUCAAGAUCAACCUGAAAGCUCAUCUGAUGAUCAAGACUUGGGUAUGUUAGGAUUGGUUGCGGUAGCUUCCAGGCCAGCAAGAUAGGGCGGUUAUCCUUGCUCCAAAACGAUGUUUCUUUGAAGGAAUUCCUUGUUGGGUUAUUAGCAGUUUUUAUAGUGCGAAGUAGUACAGAUGACACUUUAAUUACCCUUCUCCAACAACACAAAAUGAUGCAGGUGAGGAAUGGGACCUCCAUGGACGAAGAUGACAACAAAGAUGGUGAUGGUGGUGAUGAUGAAGGCAGCGGUGGCGGUGAUGAUGUAAAGGGUGGUGAACGUAGAUGUGACACGCAUAAUGGAGCAUCCACCGCUGCAACAGAUUCAGUUACACUCUCGAUGUAACUGAUGCAGAGAAACACAGAGAAUACUGGAAAAAAGAGAUCAGUGGAAGUGCUUUCUUUAGUUUGUUAGUUUGUAUAACAGAUAUAGGCCUCAUUUGGAUGGGCUUUUCAAACGCUGCUUUUAGCUUUUGGGGGCUUAAAAGCGCUUUUAGUUCAUAGAAGCCCCUGUUUCCCAACAGACUGGUACAGAACCAAGAAAGUUUCAUCUCAGUUUGGUCCCUUCUUUUAAUGCUGAGAUCAAUGGAAGGAUUUGAAGCUGCAUUUUAUAUUAGUGGAGAUGAUUUGGUUUCA